UCGGCUUCUUCUUCUCUUCUCUCUUCAAAUUCGUAAUAUUUCUCUCUCUCUCUCCGAUUAGGGAUUUUUGCGGUUUUGAUGGAAAAAGGAAAAGCUAUAAAUACCGUUACAAAUUCCUUGGAGAACCUAGAUUUGAAUUCUAAUUCCAAUCCUUCGAGGAAAAUCACCACCAAUUUCCAAUCCUCUAGAUUACUCGAGAAGAAAAAGACUCCGACUUUGGUUAGCUUGUGCCUUGGAGUUGUAGGGAAGCAUUUGGAAGAUGUAAUUGAAGACUUGGAUGAGAUUGCCAUCAAUUUUCCCGCAGAUAUUAAGAUGGCAAUGGCAGCAAUGGCCAGGAGGAGGAGGCUGCUAAAUGAUGAUGUUAUCAUCUCUUUGGCCGAUACUUCCUGGGAAAUUCUUGACAUUUCUGGUUCAGAUGUCUCUGAUUUUGGCUUAGAAAAAGUGGUUGAAAUAUGCAAAUCUCUCCGAGCUGUGGAUAUAAGUCGGUGUGAUAAAAUUACCACCACUGGUUUUUCUGAACUUGUGCAGAAUUGCCAUUCAAUAGAGACACUAAGAUGCGGAGGUUCCCCAAGGAGUGACUACACUACACGGAGAUGCUUGAGCAUAUUCAAACCAAAGCUGAAUGAUGUGAAUGGUGAUUCAUGGGAGGAACUUGAUACCAUGGAAAUUUCAAAUGGUGCAGAGUCAUUACGCUGGCUUGUGUGGGAAAAGAUUGAUAGAGAUUCUUUGGAGAUUUUGUCCACCGAAUGUCCCCGCAUUACAGUAAAUCCCAAGUCAUCACCCUUUGGUUUCAGAGGAGCUGCAGUUCCCAGGGAAGCAUUACAAGGUAUCACAUUGGACGAUCAUGUUGUCAAGGAUAUUGAUCCAAAAACAUGGGCAGUGUGUGGGUUCAACCCAAAGACUGUCUCUACAUCUCAUUCAAGCCCCACUGAAUUGUCUGUUGCUGAAAAAUUUAGACUUGCCUUUGUGGAAAGAGACACUCGGUUAGCCCCAAAGCGAGCAAAGAAUGCAAGGCAACAUCAGCGCCGUGCUGAGAGGGAGUUGAUAAUGGCAAGUACAAGGGCCAAGGCAGUAGCUCUGGCCUCACAAGCGAGCAAGUCUCUAAAGAGUUGGAAUUAAUGUCCUUACGCACAAAAUGUUAUAUUAUGUUUUAUUACUCUGUGAUGUGCCAGCUUUUCCAUUUCUGUUGCUUUUGAUUGUACAAUGACAUUGAUUUUGAUGAAAAAGUGCGGGUUUGGAGAUGGAAGUAGUUCGGAACAAACGUGUAUGCUGGCCCUUCAUGCCAUAUGAGGAAGAGGUUUUAAUUCUCCUGCUGUAUUUAGUUUUGUCAUCAAAACACCAUGUCAGCUGUAUGAUGAACUAAAAUCUUGCAUUUAUACCAUUAAUAUAGUUUUCAAGUA